AAGACCUGUGAAUAUUUUUGAAUUUCCCAUCAAAUCCUUUUCUUCAUCUCUCUCACUCAUAUUGUCGCUUUCGCUCUCAUAGUCAUAUUAGGCUUCAGUUUCUGGAAACAAAAGAUUCUUUAGUCUUCUUUCAAAAACUUUGAUAACUCACUCAGGUGAAAGUUCCCGGCUUAAAUUUUUGUUGCUAUAAAAUCGACGGAGAAGAUUUCAAUUUUCAUUGGCGUUUUUGGGGAUUUUGAUUGAAAUGUGUCUGAAAACUUGAGAGAGGAGGAAGAAGUCGAAAGAGUGAUUCUUUUUGUUCUUUGUCUUUGAGAGGACGAAGAAUAACAAAUAAAAUGUCGGGUCUAAAGAUUUCGGAUCCGAGCGAAUUGCAUCUGAUGAAGAAGGAGCUUACUCAAAUCAGGAAAGUUGCCAAGGGUUUACCCGAUCCCGGAACCACUUCCUCCUGGAAAUCUCCUCUUCCUUCCUCUAGAUCCGUCCCUGAGCCGCCGCUGGAGAGCAGUAACCUCGGGAUUCUCUGUAACAAUCAGUUGGAUUUUCCGAGUAGUCGAGGUGUUGGGAACGGGAAAGACAAGGAGAAGGAGAAGAAGGUGUUUUUGUACAAUUGGAAGGCUCACAAGACUUCAAGCGAGAAGAGUGGCUUUUCUAAAAACAGUGAAGGUGAAGAUGCAGCUUCGUGGAUCCAACGUCGUAGUCUCAACGAUGAUGAUGAUGAUGAUGUGAGUGAUGCGAGGAACGUUGGUGAUUCGUAUCUUGGGAAAACUAAAUCUGCUUCCAUGGGUUUCGGAUGCAGAGACGCGAAUCUUUUGUCACCUGGUUUUGCAAAAAUUAGAAAGAAGAAGAGUUAUCAUCAUCAACCUAAAGAAGCUAUUCUCGGAAGUAGAAGAAGCUCUGCGAAAUCUAGGGAACUUCAAAGUCGUCAACUUCACGCUGCGUCAGGUUUAAGUGUUGUGAGAGAUGCAUCUGUUGAGUUAUCUGAUGAAACAGAGGAUUUUAGCAAUUCGGAGAAUCCUCGGAAGGUCACUAAAGUAUCAUCUCCUUUGCUUUUGAAGCUUAAGUACAAGAACUGGUCACACUCUUCUUCUAAGUUCUUGAGAGCUACUAGUAAGAGAGAAGAUUCUUCUCAUACUUGUAACAGUACACCUGCAUUGUCGACUAGCUCAUACAACAACAUGUAUGCUGUUCGUAAUCCUAGUACAGUUGGAUCUUGGGAGGACGGUGAUGAUGAUGAUGAUGAUGACUUGGAUGAUGAUAACUUGGAUUUUACAGGGAGACAAGGUUGUGGGAUUCCUUUUUAUUGGACCAAGCGGAAUCUAAAACAUAGAGGUGGGUGUAGGAGUUGUUGCUCGCCUUCGUUUUCGGAUACACUUAGAAAGACUGGUACUAGUAUGUUAUGCGGGAGUCAGUCAGUGUAUCGUAGACAUAGACAUUCUUCUGGGAGGUAUGAUAAACAGAAACUUGCUUUAAGAAGUGCAAAGGGUGUUUUGCCUUUGCUCAAAUAUGGUGGUAAUAGUAGAGGAGGGUCAUCUAUUGGAUUUGGGUAUAGUGAUGAUGAUCUUUCAACUGAUUUCCGAGAGCUUGAUUUAGAGGCUCAAAGUAGAUUAGAUGGGAGGAGAUGGUCUACUAGUUGUAGGAGUCAGGAUGAAGGAGGAGAGGAAGAAGAAGGAAGUACAUCGGGAAGUAUCCAGAGCUUGAGCCAUAAGUACAAGCCUAUGUUCUUUGAUGAGUUGAUUGGACAAGGUUUAGUUGUUCAAUCUCUAAUGAACGCAGUGAAAAAGGGUAGGAUUGCUCAUGUUUAUCUUUUCCAAGGUCCUAGAGGAACUGGGAAGACAUCUACUGCGAGAAUCCUUUCGGCUGCCCUGAACUGUGAUCUGGCUACUCAAUACAUGAAACCUUGUGGGUAUUGCAAAGAGUGCAGUGAUUACAUGCUGGAGAAAAGUAGGGAUCUAUUGGAACUUGACGCUGGUAAGAAGAAUGGAGCUAAGAAAGUUAGUUAUCUUUUGAAAAAACUGCUGACAUUAGCUCCACAGAGUUCCCCAAGAUUCAAGGUUUUUGUGAUAGAUGAGUGUCAUUUAUUACCAUCUAAGACGUGGCUGUCUUUGCUCAAAUUUCUUGAGAACCCUCUGCAGAAAGUUGUCUUCAUAUGUAUAACGACCGACCUUGACAACGUUCCCCGGACCAUUCAGUCAAGGUGCCAGAGUUACCUCUUCAACAAAGUCAGAGAUGGUGACAUUGUUGUGAGACUAAGGAAGAUUGCUUCAGAUGAAAAUCUAGAUGUGGAGUCUCAGGCGUUGGACCUGAUUGCUUUGAAUGCUGAUGGCUCGCUUCGAGAUGCUGAAACUAUGUUGGAUCAGUUGAGCUUGAUGGGAAAACGAAUCACAGUCGAUGUUGUAAAUGAGCUUGUGGGUGUUGUUUCAGAUGACAAUUUACUGGAACUUUUGGAGUUAGCAUUGUCAUCUGACACGGCAGAGACAGUUAAGAAAGCUAGAGAAUUACUGGACGUAGGAGCUGACCCAAUACUCAUGAUGUCUCAACUAGCCAGUCUUAUCAUGGAUAUCAUAGCUGGAGCAUACAAGGCCCUGGACGAAAAAUACAGUGAAGCCUUCCUUGAUGGACGGAACUUGACUGAAGCUGAUAUGGAGAGACUAAAGCAUGCUUUGAAACUUCUUUCUGAGGCCGAGAAGCAGCUAAGAGUUUCUACUGAUCGUUCAACAUGGUUCAUAGCUACCUUGCUACAGCUUGGUUCGAUGCCUUCUCCUGGAACCACACAUACCGGUAGCAGUAGAAGGCAAAGCUCUAGGGCAAGUGAAAAUCCCCCGUCAAGCAUUUCAAGAGAAGUUACUGCUUACAAACAGAGAUCAGGCCUUCAGUGUAGUAGUAAUUCAGCAUCCCCAACUUCCAUGAGAAAAAGCGGAAAACUUGUUCAUGAAGUGAAAUUGUCUUCCUCCUCAAGCGAAGUUCUAGAGAGUGACACUGCCUCUCAUGACGAUACAACCGCAAGCACCAUGACACUUACUUGCAGAAAUUCAGAGAAACUAAAUGAUAUCUGGAUAAAAUGUGUAGACAGAUGUCAUUCGAAGACAUUGAAGCAGCUUCUAUAUGCUCAUGGGAAGCUUUUAUCUAUCAGUGAAGUCGAAGGUAUUCUAGUUGCUUAUAUUGCAUUUGGAGAAAGAGAGAUCAAAGCGAGAGCUGAGAGGUUCUUAAGUAGUGUCACAAACUCGAUUGAAAUGGUACUACGGCGAAACGUAGAGGUCAGGAUAAUUCUCUUGUCUGAAACUGAGUUACUCAACUCCAAGCNAAAAACUGCGACAUUAGCUCCACAGAGUUCCCCAAGAUUCAAGGUUUUUGUGAUAGAUGAGUGUCAUUUAUUACCAUCUAAGACGUGGCUGUCUUUGCUCAAAUUUCUUGAGAACCCUCUGCAGAAAGUUGUCUUCAUAUGUAUAACGACCGACCUUGACAACGUUCCCCGGACCAUUCAGUCAAGGUGCCAGAGUUACCUCUUCAACAAAGUCAGAGAUGGUGACAUUGUUGUGAGACUAAGGAAGAUUGCUUCAGAUGAAAAUCUAGAUGUGGAGUCUCAGGCGUUGGACCUGAUUGCUUUGAAUGCUGAUGGCUCGCUUCGAGAUGCUGAAACUAUGUUGGAUCAGUUGAGCUUGAUGGGAAAACGAAUCACAGUCGAUGUUGUAAAUGAGCUUGUGGGUGUUGUUUCAGAUGACAAUUUACUGGAACUUUUGGAGUUAGCAUUGUCAUCUGACACGGCAGAGACAGUUAAGAAAGCUAGAGAAUUACUGGACGUAGGAGCUGACCCAAUACUCAUGAUGUCUCAACUAGCCAGUCUUAUCAUGGAUAUCAUAGCUGGAGCAUACAAGGCCCUGGACGAAAAAUACAGUGAAGCCUUCCUUGAUGGACGGAACUUGACUGAAGCUGAUAUGGAGAGACUAAAGCAUGCUUUGAAACUUCUUUCUGAGGCCGAGAAGCAGCUAAGAGUUUCUACUGAUCGUUCAACAUGGUUCAUAGCUACCUUGCUACAGCUUGGUUCGAUGCCUUCUCCUGGAACCACACAUACCGGUAGCAGUAGAAGGCAAAGCUCUAGGGCAAGUGAAAAUCCCCCGUCAAGCAUUUCAAGAGAAGUUACUGCUUACAAACAGAGAUCAGGCCUUCAGUGUAGUAGUAAUUCAGCAUCCCCAACUUCCAUGAGAAAAAGCGGAAAACUUGUUCAUGAAGUGAAAUUGUCUUCCUCCUCAAGCGAAGUUCUAGAGAGUGACACUGCCUCUCAUGACGAUACAACCGCAAGCACCAUGACACUUACUUGCAGAAAUUCAGAGAAACUAAAUGAUAUCUGGAUAAAAUGUGUAGACAGAUGUCAUUCGAAGACAUUGAAGCAGCUUCUAUAUGCUCAUGGGAAGCUUUUAUCUAUCAGUGAAGUCGAAGGUAUUCUAGUUGCUUAUAUUGCAUUUGGAGAAAGAGAGAUCAAAGCGAGAGCUGAGAGGUUCUUAAGUAGUGUCACAAACUCGAUUGAAAUGGUACUACGGCGAAACGUAGAGGUCAGGAUAAUCCUCUUGUCUGAAACUGAGUUACUCAACUCCAAGCAGACGAGACAAAUAGCAGUUACAACAAGUUCAGAUACUGAAAGUGGAAAUGAGAUUCCAAUGAAAAGGAUUGAAGCAAUCAUCCAAGAACAGAGAUUAGAAACUGAGUGGUUACAAAAGACUCCUGCUUCACAAGGCCGGUUAAAACCCGAAAGGAAUCAAGUUCUACCUCAAGAAGACACGAAUGGAGUUAAAGUUUUGAAGAUCUGUGGAAUGGGUGAGUUUCAGGAGAAUCAGAUAGGCAAAAGAAUGGAGCAUUGUCCUGUUUCUCCGAGCUUACUACACAACAGCAACUUCACAAACAACAAAGACAAUCUAGGAUAUGAAUCAGAAUCAGGGAGAGGAGUUUGCAGUCUGCUUUUCUGUUGGAACACACAAAAGUCUCCAAGAAGAAACAAAAUCAAAGGGACUGCUGUGCGAUCACGAAGAAGUCGAGAGAGACGUUUCUCCUUGUUCAGUGGGUGUGCUAGACCAAGGAAGUAAAAAAUAAGGUUACUGUGUGAUAUUUACUGUUUAGUAAAGAAAAUAGGAAAGUUAAAAGUAAUUUAAAUGCUAAAAUUGAAUUUGAUAGCAAAUAAGUAAAUGAUAAGAUAUGUAUUUUUCUAGAGUACUCAAAUUUGAUAGGAAAGUUACUGUUUAUUGCC